AUGGAAGGUGAAGCAAGUUUUUCCCACAUAACUCUUCCAAUCUUUGAUGGAGAGAAUUAUGAUCUUUGGGAAGUGAAAAUGCAAUCCUACAUGGAGUCUUUGGAUUUGUGGGAUGCUGUGGAAGAGGAUUAUGAAAUAUAUCCGAUGCCUGAAAAUCUCACCAUGGCCCAAAUUAAAAAUCACAAGGAAAGAAAGAUGAAGAAGGCAAAGGUGAGGUCAUAUUUGUUCACUGGUAUUUCACAAAUGAUAUUCAUCAGAAUCAUGACUCUUAAAUCACCCAAAGCAAUUUGGGAUUAUCUGAAAGAGGAAUACGCAGUAGAUGAUAGAAUACGAAGCAUGCAAGUGUUGAAUUUAAGGAAAAAAUUUGAGCUUCAAAGGAUGGAAGAGUCAGAGACAAUCAAAGAAUACUCAAACAAAUUGUUGGGUAUUGCCAACAAGAUAAAGUUGUUGGAAGUGAUUUUGCUGAUUCGAGAAUUGUAG